GCGGCGUGACGCGCGUUCUCCCGAACGCGCGCGACCGAAGCCUCAGCGCUGAGCGCGCGCGUCGACGCUAAGACAUCCGUUGGCCGAAUAGGUGUUUGAAAUCAGCUACGUGGACCGGGGUCCGUGGCGGAGGGCGCCAUGGUCGAGCCGGAAGCGGAGCCCUUUGUCCUCUGGCCGGGCCGCGGACUCCCCACAGAGGCCAGGGAAGCCUCCAAACCGGGCCCCGGCGGUGGUUCCUCGGGGUGGCUAUCCGAGCAGGAGUCCGGUUGGCCCGGCGGGAGUAUCCGGGACGGGCGCAGACUCAGCACCGUGUCCGACAGCGGAGACACGGGGAUAGGGACCUACUGCUCCGAUAGCGUGGAAGACGACUGCAGUUCUAGCACCACGCCGCUGUCCCUACUGUCGCUGCCACUCCACCACCUCCUCCAGGACGAUGACGGCGCCCCGGUCCUUCCCUCCGCCUCACCUCCCUCCUCUUCACCUCAGACCUACUCCAGGAGCACAGAUUCGUUCCACAGCACGGGCCGCCGGAGCGGCUCCUGCCACCUCCCCGUGCUGGCCACUUCUCCCGUGGGGACGCCGAGCUAUCCGGACAUGAAGGACCACCAGCCCAUCCGGAGGAGCUCCUCCUUCACCAAGCUGUCCUCGGGAGCUGAUAAAAAGCCCAAGAAGACCUCUGCCGGAUGCCAGUACAACCGAGAUGGCCAGGGCUCCCUGGAUAGAAGUCUGCUUCAUGCGUUUAGAAAGGAGCGCCAGCGGUCAAACCGGGACCUGUACCUCCCUCUGUCCUCCUCCCCGAUCUGCAGCAGCCUGCUGCAGCGGUCGCCGGGCGCCUGCCCCGGUUAUCGCCACGGCAACAGAGCGGCCAGUCUGGAAACGGAGCUGUUCCUCUCCUCCGCUCAUUCCUCCCCUAUUAAACAGAACCGGCCGGACUUGAACUGGAGCACCAUACCCCAGACCAAAGCGGCUCAGGGAGGCGGGCCGGUCCGCGGCCCCCACCUGUCCGAGCGGGCCGAACCCCCCCGGGGUCACAAAGCGGACCGGGGGUCCCCCAUCCAGCCCGCCGUCCGCACCCAGAUGUGGCUGACCGACCAGAUGGAGUACACGCCCAAAAGCGAGCACAGGAGGGAGCCCGCUGAGACGGCCAGCGCUGCUCCAGAGGGCUGUGGAGUGGAUGGGCCGUCGCCAUGGCAACACGAACCGGAUCUGAACCAGAUCUUGAUGGGAGCCUCCCUGCCUGGAAACACUCUGGUGAAGCUGAAGGAGGGGCUGCUCAGACAGAGGGAGCUGGAGAUAAACAGACAAAAGCAGCAGAUCUUGCAGCUUUAUGCCCGGAUAAGAGAAAAUGAGAUUAGAGCACAGCAUGUCCUCCAGAGCCAGAGGAGCCUGUUUGACGACCCCCUCGCCCUUAAUAUCGAGGAGUCAGCAGUGAGAGCGCCCUGCAGGCACACAUCGGAAAGGCCCUGUUGUGAAGAAGAACUGGGGAGGAAGUUAGCCAUGGCUGAGCUCGAAGUCCUCCACCUGAACAAGUUCUUCAUUCAGGUCACACAGAAGUAUACGGAGGACAUCAGAAAACUGGAGGAAAAGAUCAAGACGCGAGAUCGAUACAUCAGCAGCCUGAAGAAGAAGUGUCAGAGGGAGAGCGAGCAGAACCAGGAGAAACAGCAGCGCAUCGAGACGCUGGAGAAGUACCUCUCUGAUCUGCCCACUCCAGAUGAAGUGCACGUCCAAUCCAAGAAGGAGGAACUGCAGCAGAAAGCCAAAGAUCUGGAGAAAACCGUGACCCGGCUACAGAAGAACCUAGAGGAAGGAUGUGCCCGGAUUAAAGAGAAAGACGUCAUGAUUGGCAUCCAGGCCAAGAGGGAAAAGGAGUUAUUAGCAUCUGUGCACAGUCUGCAGGACAAGGUGCAGCAGUGUCUGGACGACGGGGUGAGGCUGCCCAUGCAGGACCUGAAGAGGCUGGAGGUGGAAAACACUCUGCUUCUGCACCAGAAAGAUCACAGCAGCAGGCUAUUCAAACACCAGAAGGAGGAGAUCGAGAGGCUGACUUCCCAACUAAUGGCAACCAGGACGAGACUGAAGAAAUCCAGAGGCCCUCCUCCCCAGCAGCAGCAGCAGCCGGAGGGAAGAACGUCCACACCGCUGGAAGCUCUCCAUCAGGUAGCAGCCCCCGGAGCCCCGGACGAAGGCCUGCCGGCGCCGUAUUGGUCUCAGGGGGGCGUGCCGGAGGUGGAGCAGCUGCUGAAGGAGAUGUCCCUGUGUCUGCUGGACCUGCAGGCCCUCUGCAGCAUCAUGGCCCAGAGGGCCCAGGGGAAGGAGCCCAACCUCUCUCUGCUUCUGAGCAUGGAGUCAUUCAGCGUUACGGCGGACGAGAGUGACUCCAAAGUGGCGAAGGCGGAAGACAAACUGAGCUGCAAGCUGUUCGAGGUCAACCAGCUGAGGAGGGACAUCGACGAGCUGAGGAGGAGCAUCUCAGACCGCUACGCCCAGUUUAUGGGGGACAGCUGCACCGCGCAGUGACCCCCAGAGCCUCCAGACUCAGACAUAAACACGCCAUAUCUCAGACAUAAACACGCCAUAUCUCACACACACAGGACUAGCUACUUCAGGACAGCCAUCAUUCCCACAGCAACGUAGUUUGAGGCUAAGAACCAUUACGUCAUCACCUCUAAGCUAGCAGCUACUGCGGCUUUUUAAAGCCCCACAGUCGUGAUAAAAACUCUCUACUCUGUUCAGGUCAGUUUCUAUCAGCUCCAAAUCCAAGCAAAUCUCGUCUCAGGCCACUUUAGUUACUUAAAAACUGUGAACUGUUUCCCCGUGCUUCUGAUAGACUCCUAAACCUCUUUGGACCGGACUACUCCCUGAAAUAACACCACUAACUGGUCCAACUGAAAACUCAGUUUUUGUCUUAUUUUGUAAACUGUCAUUUAUGUUGGGAACAUAAUGCACAAAAUGGUAUGUACCAUCUAUGGCAUGGCUUCUUAUUGUCGGGAAAGUACAUUUCAAGGUAUUUUUCGGGAGUUUGGUGGAUUGUACCACUGGUGGUGCAGUCAGGGAGUCCAGCAGAACCCAGAUGCUUAUUGUCCUCUCUCCACAGCAGAAACUGGAGCUCUUGUGGUCACCUUUUGGCUCUGACAGGCUGGGACCCAGCAUCACCACUCAGAAAGGUCAGGGAGUCCCAAAAACAGAGCAGUUUGUGUGGUCAUCCUCUGUGUAAAAGAUUCAGAACGGUACAGACUCUUGUUCCAGCUACAGCCUUGAUCUGUAUAGAACUGAAGGAGGUAAUUUUGGAUAUAUUUAGGAUUAUAUUUGAAAGCUGGCACAUUACAUUCCUGCUAUGAUCCCCACACCUCCCACCCUCCAGCAGCACAUGUCCAGCAGACUCAGGUUUCCUGCCCUGGUCAAACAGCCCAUCUCAGGGUUUGCCAGUUUGGUGAACACUUCCACUUCCUAACACAUUCACUAAUUAAGGAUUUCAAGCUUGUGUUUGCAGUCUGAAAUAUAGUGUCCACUGUCAGACCUUAUGAGACCAGGCAUGUUCCUUUCCAAAAUAUGUCCAAUCAACUAAAUGUCCAGCAGGUGGACUCCAUCCAACUGCAGAAACAUCUCAAGGAUUAGUGGAUACAGAGUGCACCUUUUCUCCAUUCUGAGCUUCAUCACCAGGUGAUUAUACUUAUUUAAAUGUGAUUUCUUAGCUUUCCAUUUUCGAUCAAUUUGUGGAAAUCCCCCCUAAAAGGUUUACAUUUGGUCAUAAUGGGCUAUUUGGACACUGACCACAUUGGACAUUGGUAUAGCUGGCAAACACACAGUGUCUCUCCAGAAUGGUUAUGAUGAACAUUUAAAAGCAGCACAUGCACUUUUAGAUGGGCUGUGUGUGGAACGUGGGGGAUUAGAAAAAGUUUGGGAUCCACAAUCAGAGGGUUUAAACACAUGAGCAUAUUGUCUUUAGCAUGAAUGGACUGUAACAUUUAAACGCUGUAUUUAGCCCCAAAAAACCCAAUUUUUCUGGUGUUGUUCAAAGUCUGUGUUCCUUUGUAAAAGUAACUUAUAUUUGCUUAAAAUUCAUUUAGUUUUACUAUCGAUUCAAUCAUUAUCGGAGGUGUUAUCUUUCUUUUUUUUUAAUAACAUGACAACUAAAAUUAUUUUUCUAAAUAUAUUGUGGGUUGUCUUAUCUAUGGAAGCACUAUGCACAGUUUUUUCUCGCUUCCCUUUAUUGAAAUAUCUGGCAUGGAAUUAAAGCGAUUCUCUACUGAGAACCCGGGUUGCAUUUUUUUAAGUUCUCUGUCAUGUAUAAAUGCCUCUGAGUCAGUUUCCACUAAGAGCCA